AUGGAAAGCACAGACAACGAAUCGCUCUUGUCCAGGUCGGCUAUGUCGCAGGGACAAGGGAAGGGCCAGCCCAACAAGCCGCGCGCCGGAAGCUCGUCCAGCGGAGAGCGACAGCUCAGUCGCAGCGGCAGCCUCAUCAAGCCCAUCCCGGGCAGCCCGAUUGGAGACGACGACGACCUCGAGUCUGGCCCGAUUGAGCCGGAUGUUGGCUGCUGCGAUCCGCGCAAGUGGUGGUUCCGCUGGAUGAUGCUCGUCUUCAUCUCCUUCCUCGGCUUUGGCAGCUACUUUGUGUAUGACAUUCCCGCUGCACUCGAGAGUGACAUUGAGCACGCAAUGAACGUAAAUGUUGCGCAGUACAGCUUGCUGUAUGCUCUGUACUCGUGGCCCAACGUCAUUUUGUGCUUUUUCGGCGGCUUCCUCAUCGAUCGCGUCUUGGGUGUCGCCUGGGGCUCCAUCCUCUUUGCGGGUUUCGUCCUCCUGGGCCAGGCUGUCGUUGCCAUUGGCGCGCAGAGCAACCUCUUCUGGCUCAUGCUUGCAGGCCGCUUCAUUUUCGGCAUUGGUGGUGAAUCGCUCGCCGUCGCUCAGAACAACUAUGUCGUGCGCUGGUUUAAGGGCAAGGAGCUCAACAUGGUCUUUGGCAUCCAGCUCAGCUUUUCGCGUGUCGGCUCCACGGUCAAUCUCAACAUUAUGAAGCCCGUGUUUGACUCGUUCAGCAACAUUACCCCUGCGUAUUCCCAGCUCGGCGCGGCCAUGUGGUUUGCCGCGCUGUUCUGCGGCCUCUCGCUGAGCUGCGCAGUCAUUCUUCUCUUUUUGGAGCGCAGGACUGACCGCGUCAUCAAACGCGAUGUCGGCGGCUCGGACGAAAAGGUCAAUCUCAAGGAUGUCAAGGACUUCCCUCUGUCCUUGUGGCUCCUCUUCAUCAUUUGCGUUGGCUACUAUGUCGGAGUCUUCCCCUUCAUUGGUCUUGCUCUCGUCUUUUUCGAGUCCAAGUACUCGGUCGACUCGGCAACCUCGCACGCGCUCACUAGUAUCGUGUAUAUCAUCUCCGCAGCCGCUUCACCCGUUUUCGGCUUGCUCGUCGAUCGCACUGGCCGCAACCUCACCUGGGUUAUUGCAGCCACUGCCGUCACAGUUGGCUGCCACGUCAUGAUGGCCUUCACCUUCAUCAACCCCUAUGUGCCAAUCAUCAUUAUGGGUUUUGCGUACUCUGUGCUGGCCUGCGCGCUUUGGCCCAUCGUCUCGCUGGUUGUUCCCGAGCACCAGCUUGGCACCGCCUACGGCUUCAUGCAAUCGGUCCAAAAUCUCGGUUUGGCCGUUGUUGCGCAAGGCGCCGGUAUCUUGGUCAACUCGAACGGAUAUCUUUGGCUCGAAAUCUUCUUUAGCAUCUGCGUGGCCUUGUCAGUGCUUGCCUCCAUCUUGCUCUGGUUGGUGGACGAUGCGUCUGGUGGCAAGCUGAACGCAAGCGCCAAGACACGCAAGCGCGAAGCGGCCGAGAAAGAGCGGGCCGCUUUGAUUGCAGCGGCUCCUCCGUCUCCCAGCAGCUCACCGAGCAUGGGCAAUCGUAUGCGACCGCGAACACCGGUUGAGCUGCGCAACCGCUUCCUUACCCGACUAGGCAUCGAGAAGCCAGUCAAUCUCCGCUCGCUCCCACUUGCCCAGCCGUCAUUGUUGCGAUGA